GCUCUUCUCUCAACCCACUCCCAUCACGCCUCUUCUACCCUGCUCCUUUCUUUCACCAUGACCAUGGACAUCCUCUCCAUUGCGACCACCUUCCUCUUCCCCCUCGUCCUUAUCCUCUUCCUCGUCCACCGCCGGCUCCGCGCCGCACCUCCCCUCCCGCUACCCCCAGGCCCCCGUGGCUGGCCUCUCCUCGGCGCACUCCCCCUCCUCAGCCCCCUCCCCCACUCCGCCCUCGCCAACCUCGCCAAGCGCUACGGCCCCAUCAUGUACCUCAAGCUCGGCACCCGCGGCUUCGCCGUCGCCUCCUCCCCGGCCGUUGCCCGCGCCUUCCUGCACACCCUCGACGUCCAGUUCGCCGACCGGCCCAUCAACAACGCCGCCCGCAACGUCGGCUACGCCGGCGAAGACCUCGUCUGGGCCGACUACGGUCCUCGCUGGAAGCUCCUCCGCAGACUCUCCAGCGUCCACCUUCUCGGCCCCGGCGCCGUCUCCCAGUGGUCCUCCGCCCGCCGGUCCGAGUUGAACCGCAUGGUCCAAGGCAUCCUCAACCUGAACCGCCACGGCAAGCCGGUCGAGGUCCACGGGAUGGUCAUGCAGGGUCUGGCCAACAUACUGGGGCUCGCCAUACUGAGCCGCCGGGUGUUCGACUCGGAUGGGGCCGAGUCGAGCGAGUUCAAGAGCAUGGUCUUGGAGGUGAUGAAGCUGUCGGGGUUGACCAACAUAGCGGACUUCAUACCGUCCAUGAAGUGGCUCGACGUGAAUGGUAUAGAGCGUCGCCUGAAGACCCUGCACAAAAAGUUCGACGCGCUCAUGACUCGGAUGCUCAGGGAGCACGCCGAGACCGCCGGCCAGCGUGAAGGGAAGCAGGAUUUCGUGGAUCAUCUCCUGGCCAAUAUCAAAUCCUCGAAAGGUGCGGAGAUGCUGUCAGAUGUCAACAUCAAGGGACUUAUUGUGGAUAUGUUUAUCGCGGGAACGGAUACAUCCUCGAUAACGAUUGAGUGGGCGUUUACUGAAUUGUUAAAGAACCCUUCGAAGCUCAAGCGUGCACAGCUCGAGCUGGACGAAGUAAUUGGCAGAGACCGCAUGCUCGAAGAAUCUGACAUCCCAAAGCUCCCAUACCUUCAAGCAAUAUGCAAGGAAGUUCUCCGGAAGCACGCGACUACACCACUAAACCUCCCUCAUAUAUCCAACCAACCCUGCGAGAUUGAUGGUUACUACAUCCCUGAAGGAACAAGGCUUUUAGUUAAUAUAUAUGCCAUUGGAAGGGACCCUGAUGUAUGGGAGAACCCUCUCGAGUUUAAUCCCGAGAGGUUCUUGAGUGGCAAUAUUGCCAAAAUAGACGUGAAAGGCACUGACUUUGAGUUGAUACCUUUCGGAGCUGGGAGGAGGAUUUGUGCUGGAAAGUAUCUGGGGAUGCUCUUUGUGCAGUCCAUCUUGGGCACGUUGAUACACGCAUUUGAUUGGAAGAUGCCUGAUGGAGUGGAGGUCGACAUGGAAGAGUCUGCUGGUCUUGCACUUCAGAAAGCUAAUCCGAUCACUGCUUUCGCUACCCCGCGUUUAGCACCCAGUGCAUACCAUUGACGAAGGUAUAACGUUAUCACCUUUUUGAUGCAGGUACUGGGUCAGCGUCAAUGGUAUUCGGAUUAUUAGGAUUUAGGAUAUGGUGAUUGGCUUCGCAAAUAUGAAUUCAGAUAUGGAGCCUCUCUUAUCUCACUUUUGGCUGCUAUUAAUAUGAAAUGGAACAAUAAAUACGUGUAUGACUUCUUUGCAUACAUAUGGAGCUCUCCUACCAUCUACUUUCUGCUUCAACCAUAUCAUGUAGAUGGAGUUGUGAAAGAAAUAAAUUAUGUUUUAUGGUCACCAUAAACCUCAUCAAAUUUGCAAUUGUAAUUGAUCAGCAUGUGCUUGUGUUUGGAGAAUUAA